CCAUAGUAGGUUUUAGAAAAUCAGGAAAAUCCGCGAGAUCACCUGACGCGUCGUCAUUGCUCUUGCGCUUCCCACCUCACAGGCGACCAACAACAUGGCUCCCAAAGACCAAAACUCACUCGUGAUGCUCUGCCUUUUGCUUCUGACGCUCGUCCAGACCGCCGAGGCGUUUGAUGGAGGAGACGCGGCGGCUUUGCUGCUGGGCGCGACAGUGACGCUCGUGGGGGUCUGCGCGUGUCUGGGCUGGUAUGCGCGCAGGCGAAACGGACAGUUUUAAUGACAGCCUGCUGACCAAGGCCUCAUCCGGAAAUGUGACUCAGUGCGUAAAGACUGCCAUUCCUUUAUACUGAAAAUAAUUGGAAAUGCGCGCAAAGGAAGGGCCAAUAUGGAUAAUAUGAGCUAUUGUUUGUAGUCUUUGACGCAUUAUCCUUAUUAUGUGGGACACUGAACACUUCCUGUCUCUGUGCACCAUGUGGGAGCUUCUACAACAGUAUUAGCAUUAAAAGCCCAUUAGGUUAUUACUGCAUGACAAAAAGACCACAAGAUCACAUGCAGACGUUAUCUGACACAUUUCUAUGGACUUGGACAUAUGGUGGACUUGAUGUUGGUCUCCUGCCAUGCUACAAUCACUGCAAGACAAUCCUCUUCCAGUUUCAACACUGUGAUAAAAGCACUAAAUUGUUAAAUGGCUACUGCUUUUUCUGUCUAUAUAAAGCAUUGUUACUGACAGUGUGCUUUACAAAAUGAGCGCAAUGCUUGCUAUGCGUGCUUAUGUUAAUAUAUUUUGUGAACUUUAUGUGCCAGGUGUUUUCAGGUAUGAGACUAUAUCUGUUUCAAACUGAUGGGCCAUGUUUGAAGUCAUAUGCAUUAAAAUUCUUUUCACUUGAACAAA